UCCUCCCCCUCCUCUUAUCACUGAAGUGGAGAUGGAAAGAACGGGGAUCAGAGCGCGGACGAAGGAUUAACAACUGAGUGAAAAUGGGGAAAGAUAAAGGCAAACAGACUGACACAGUGUGAACGAGAAAGUGAGGGGAAACGGAUACCAAAACGAGUGAAGGCGUUGAAUAGAUUAAAAAGUAUACCACAGAAGAAGCCACAAAGAUAGAGGGCUGAAUAGCUGUUUCUGGAGUUGGGUGGACCCUUUACGAGAAAGUGUCGACAUCAACCACCGCAGCUACCAUGUACAGUGGAUAUGGAGGGACUCCGUCCCGAACUCUGUCGACGAUGUCUCUGUCCAUUCGCCCAGUCAGACGCCUUACCUCCAGAUCCAUCACUAGGAGCCAGAGCUUUACUGGAGUCAAUACCCACGACAAACCUUACCGGAACCUUGUGGUGUUCAGCACUCCUGGUCUCAGCAGGAAGCCCAGCAGAGCAAGCAGAUUGUUUACUAUGUCGAUCAAGGCCAACCCCCCACCGAAGGUUCCUCAACCAGAGCGACUGGAUGAAGUGUAUGAAGCACUGAAGAAAGGCCUUCAGUCUUACCUGCAGGUUCAUCAGAUGGACUUGGACACACUUACCAGACAGAUAAAAGAAUCAAAGAGGAACUCUAGACUGGGUUUCCUGUAUGAGCUGGACAAGCAAGUAAAGGUGACUGAGAGGUACAUUAGAAAACUGGAGUUUCACCUCAGCAAGGUAAGACCAAACAUGUGUGUGUUGGAGAAUGACUUUGAGAACCAGCUGGGGAAGUUCCACAUAAAGAUGAAGGGUCUGGCAGGAUUUGCUAGAUUGUGUGCUGGUGACCAAUAUGAGAUCUUUAUGAAGUAUGGUCGGCAGCGGUGGAAGCUCCGGGGGCGAAUAGAGAUAAAUGCUAAACAAGUGUGGGACAGUGAAGAGAUUGUAUUUCAGCCACUCAUCAACGAGUUCCUGUCUGUGAAGGUGACAGAGCUAAAGAGCUUAGCCAAUCACGUGGUGGUGGGAAGUGUUUCCUGUGAAACAAAGGAUCUGUUUGCUGCGCUGCCCCAGAUGGUUGCUGUGGAUAUUAAUGACCUUGGGACUAUUAAGCUAAGCCUUGAGGUGACCUGGAAUCCGUUUGAUAAAGAUGACCAGGGAUCGGUUGCAAGCUCUGUCAACAAACCACCAAGCAUCAAUAAGCGAAUCUCAGCCAUUUUUGACCAGACUCCACCUGACACACCACCUUUACGUUCUCUGCCUCGGAAUCUGACACGGCGGCAGCACUGGCCACUGCUGGACAUCUUCAGAGGCACUCUUAGCCAGAGCUGCUCCUGUAGUGACAACUCACCAACAAGGCAGUCCACUGCAAACAUGAUCCGCCUACAGGGAGAGUUGGAGAAUGGACCAGCAUGGUCUAAUUCUUCAGAAUCUUCUGAUGAUUCAACCAGCCCACAGCUGCCUGCACAUCCAAAGGCAGUAGUGGUGACACCAGACAUCCAGCCAGUUGGACAAAGGAGUUCCCUCCUUCAGCCUGAUGUUUCUUCUUGCUCCGGAAACUGGCCUUCCUCAGCUCAAAAGGAAGGUAUCAUCCUACCAAAACAACCAGCGGAGAGCAACAGGCAUGAGGAAAAGGGGACAGUCACUGUGAUAACAAAGCCUGACGGUGAGGAAGAAGCUGUGGGGAAACACUCCUCUAUGGCACCAGUGGAUGUGCCGAUAAUUACCAGCAGUAACUCUACAUUGUACUUACGCUCUCUGAGUCACAUUAGUGAAAACAGUGCUGAUGGGGUUGUGGUGCCUGUCAGUGAAUCGGGGGACGUGAUGUCUCUGGUCUCUGGAAUCUCAAUCAAUGACAUUGAAAUGGAGGUGGCCAGCAGAACUCUUGAGUCACCCACUUCUGCUGACACUGACACAGCUGUUGAUGUCACUGAUCCCCACCCAGUCAGGAAGCAACACAAUACAUCCACCUCUGUGGAUACAUCGGCCCCUCUGAGAGCAGGAGCAGACUCCAAUGUUGUAGAAAGUGGGGAUAUGACAUAUCUAGCUCUGCGGGUGCCAGUGGAGGACGAUAUCCCAGCUUCAAGUUCCAACUGUCUGUCUGCUAAGGGCUAUGGUCCAGUGGACAGUGGACUAGAGGAUGCCUUGGUAGCUGUACUUUCCUCUAUAGAUGAUUAUAGAGGACCGUUUUCUGAGCUACAACUACUGGAACAAGAGCUGAAACUGCUGCAGGUUACACUGAAGGGUGGGAGGCACAGCCGGUCACCCAGUGUAGUCAGCCUCACAGUGGAAACAGCUCUUGGCAGCUUUGACUUCCUGAAUGGAUCAGACUGGGAGGAGGAAGAAGAGGAUGGUGAUAAGAGGAGUAGACAUGGCAGGUCAGUGCUGACAAAUGAACUGAAAACCAACCAUCCAAGCCUUUGCACACUUCAGUGUAAUGACACAGUGAGACAUACAGUCUUAAUCAGUAAGCAAAGAAAGUAUGAUCUGAAGGUCAUUAAACCUGAAUCACAAUGCAAAGCUUUAGCUUGUCUCAAGGCCAAAGAAAGCAUUGAUCAGUUGGUGUAUCUCUGCCGGGCAGACAAGGAAGAAGUACGAGAUGCUGCCAAACAAACACUGCUAGUGCUUGGUGAGGAAGGGAAGAUGGCCCAUAGACACGUGGAGACAUCUCAGGACAGCAUCUCAAGACUUUUUGCACCAGGAAGCAUGGCCAGCACAGCUUUUUAACACAACACGCACACAGGCGGUUACAGCUGCUGAAAACAAAAAUUCAGUGACAACACUGGAGAGUAUAAUGUCAUUUUUGCAAUGCUUUGACGUGGUGUCACAGGAAUAUAGGGUAUACUGUCCUCUUCAGCUACGACUGUAGCUAAAAACAUAAAGAAAAAUGUGUUAAAUGCAGUAUAUAUCCUGUCAGAACAAAACUCAAAGGGACAAACUCCAACACUGGCUGCAAACAAGAAAUGCAUCAGACGUCUUAAUAAUGUAAAAUAUUCAUCUACAUCAUAAGUCAAAAGCUUUUCAGAGUCACCUUGUUUAUAAUUAUUUUCCUGGGUCCACAAAUGUGCAAAAUGUUAAAUCUUUAUACUGUUUACUUACUGCUACUACUAUUUCUUUGGAUGCUCUAGAAAGCUGUGGGUUUUUACCAAUGAUAUUACAGUCACUACACUAAGAGUCAUAUACCAGUGGGAGUUAGACUUCUGCUAUUACAUGAAAAUGUGUUUUCUUAACGGGUGCUGCUGUCUCUAGCCUAGCUUAAAGGCUGCUUGGACGAUCUCCCCACAUGUCACUGUCAAAGUAACUAUUUACUGUACUUCUACUUGCUUGCUACUGAAUAGAUCUGAAGCCAAGUCCAAAUGAUU